AUGUCGAGAGAACGAAAUUACGGAGGGCCGCACAAAACGGAGCCGGCGACUGACCUGACUCGGUGGAGACUGCUUUGCGAGCGCGGUAGGUGGGGAGGAUAUAAUUGGAAGGACGACAGCGGUGGUUCUACUACCCACAGGACAAUGUCGAACAGCAGAGCAUUUUGGAGAGACACUCGGUGGGGCGCGACUGAUGGACAUUGGGCGUACGACUACGGCGGGCCACUCUUCCUGAUGGCUGGUUGGUCUCCCCCCACAGAAGGAAUGCUCAUUGUGUGCUACAUCACAAAGGUCGAACUGUGUGCGGAGAAGAAGGCGGAGAUGAUUCGAUAUCUGCGGUCAGUCGAGUGUCCGUCGGGUGGGUGGGGACUGUACGAUUCCUCCAAUUAAGAGUAGACACAUCUGUUCCCCGCCCACAGUGCUGGGGACUGUGCUGAACUACGUGUCCCUCCGUCUGCUGGGAGUGGAG